AUGGCGUCUUUGAUUGAAUGUUUUUUGGUUUUUGAUGGAAGACCUCAAACAUUAGAAGCUAGUGCACCUCCUCUGUUCUUCGUAAAGACAGAAUCCGAAGAAGUUAAGCAUUUUGCUGAAAAUCAAGCAGGUAUAUUUUUAACUUUAAUCAAGUUUGCCAAAUUUUUCACAAACCAAGUUCCAGUUGAUUACGCAUUAACAGAUCAGCAUGAAAUAGCCAUUUCUGAGCUAUCUGAGAACAUUUGGAUAUCUGUUUCUAAAACAAAUAGAGGAACUCCAAACAGACAUCUUCUCCACGCUAUUCUUAACUGUUGCAUUAGACUAUACAAACUGUUUUUCCCUAAGCCAAUACGUGAUGAAUCAGGAAAUGUUUCUAGACGAAGUGCAAAGCUAUUGAACUCUUCAUUCCAACAAAUUGUUCAAGCCAUAUCGCAUACCAAUCUUACAUUUAUUCAUUUAUUUGACUCUUUCUUCCAAAUUGACUUGCCAUCAGAUAUUAAUACUCAAUUAAACCAUAUUGCGGCGCAAAUACUCAGUCCUGAUUCUCCCAUUGUGCAUUUGGCUAUUAUGCACAGUAGAAACUUUAUUUAUUCUACGUUUCCCCAAGAUAUUGCAAAUACACUCGCAGUAAGUCUACAAAUGAAGUUCCCUUACCUAUUUCCACGUGUUCUCAUCAAGGAUGAAGAACAUUUGUAUUGGAUUAUUGGUUUAAGUCGUUCAGAAAAAGGUCCAAUUAAUCUUUACGCUCCACCAUUAUUAAUUGAAGACGAACAGUAUCCUCUUGUUGCAUUACGAUUCAAGAAAUUCAAGAUCCUUAUGACAAUUAAGCCAUUAAUUGUUCCGACACCUGAUGUUUUCAAUCAAAUUCCUCCGAGGCUCAAAUUCCUCAAACAAUUCUUCACCCGAUUGAAGAUUGAGACAACGAAAGUAUCCAUUGACAAUCCUUUCAUUAUUAUCUCAUCAAAUGCAGAAAAACAACAAUUGAAUUUAUUUAAUAAGAAAAUUUCUGACGCCUCGAUUCCUAUUGCAGAACAGGAUAUUAUUAGAGGCCAUUACAUUGCACAUUUGCUCUCUAAUAUCUCUAGAAUUGGAUUUAUCGGAAAUCUUGGCUACUUUUUGUAUUACGAGAAAGAUAAAGAGAAAGAACAUAUAACUUACGUCAAAUGUGACCAUGAAAACGUUUCCUCGGCCAUUGAUUAUGUGAAAUGGAUGGCGGAUGAUUCAAAUAUGCCUCACACAUCUGUUAGUCUCAAGUAA